AUGAAGGUGUUGUAUUGGAACCUAAGAGGCCUAAGGAGAGCUAGGUCUCAGGAAAAGUUAAGGUCUCUCAUAAAUCAGUUUAAUCCAUCUGUAGUUUGGGUUGCCGAACCAAAGGUAACAUGUAAUUCUUCUUUCUGUAAUAAACUCAAUUUUCCAGGCAUGAAAAGUGUGGUUAUUCACAAUUCAGUUUCAAAUAAAAAAGGUAAUAUAUGGCUUUUUUGGAAUCAAAGUUUAUCAACUCCUUCAGUUAUUUCAAUGUCUAGCCAAAUGAUUACAAUAAAUGUUUGUGGAGUGCUUAUUUCUGGAGUUCAUGCACAUGUUGGCAUUACUCAAAGAAGGUAUUUAUGGUCUGAAAUGAAACAAAUUAGUCUUCUUAAUUUACCAUGGCUUGUUAUUGGAGAUUUUAAUGUGAUAAUGCCAGCUGAAGAAAAAAUUGGAGGGAAAUGUCCAAACAAGAUAGCAAUGAUGGAUUUCACUUCAUGUUUGGAUACUUGUGAACUUAUGCAAGCACCAAAAUCAGGUUUAUCUCAUUCUUGGUCAAAUUGUCAGCAUGGAAGCAAAAGGAUUCUAUGUAAUUUGGACAGAGUUGUGUAUAAUCAAUUGUGGUUGGAUAAAUUUGAGACUUGGGGGUACAAGGUUGGAUUAAUAAUUACAUCUGAUCAUGCACCAUUACUAGGAGGAUGUGCACAAAUUCCUAAACCCAAGAAUGCUCCAUUAAGGUUUCAAAAGAUGUGGUUAUCACAUCCAAAUUUUCUGGAAGUAGUAAGUGAAGUUUGGUCAGAAAAUGUUCAAGGAGAUCCAGCUUUUGUGUUUCAAAGCAAAAUGAAGAAAUUGAAAAUUAUACUUAAGGAAUGGAAUUGGAAAGUUUUUGGAAACAUUAAAACUCAAAUUAAGAAUGUUGAAGAUAAAGUAAAAGAAGCAAUGAUUAAAUCUGAUGUUAAUCCAUUUGAUGAAGAAUGUCUUAAUGAUCUGGUAAAGGCUCAAAAUGAAUUUAACUCCAAGGAAGUGCAAUACAAUACUUUUAUGAAGCAAAAAAACAGAAAUAAAUGGAUCAAGGAGGGUGCUGCCAAUACUAGUUUCCUUCAUGCAAAUCUUAAAAUAAGACAGGCAAGAAACAAUAUUAAUGAAUUGGAGAAUAAUAAUGGAGAUAUUAUCUCAAAUCAAGAAGGCAUAGCCGAUACCCUGGUCAAUCAUUUUGAAAAUAAAUUUAAAUUUCAAGAAGUUAAUAUUGAAAGUUCAAUGCUGGAUGUUAUUCCUGAGGUCAUCACAUCUAAAGAGCAAGAAAUGUUGGAGAAAAUGCUUGAUGAAGAGGAAAUUAAAACAACCAUUUUUUGUAUGGAUUUCGAUAGUGCCCCUGGACCAGAUGGAGUAUCUUGCUGGUUUUGCAGAGCUUGCUGGCAUAUUAUAAAUAAAGAAGUUGUGCAAGCUAUCCAAUUCUGCUGGAAAAGAAAAUUUAUUCCUAAAGGAUUAAAUUCUAAUUUUUUUGGUGUUGCUGCCAAAAGUGGAUGGUGCAAGAAGUCCAAAUCAGUUUAG